CAGGAAAACCGGAGAAUAAUUACAAAUUAAAAGCCAGAGAAGAAAAAAAACAACAAAAACAAAAACACAAUGACCUCAACAUCAACAAUUAAAAAAUUUACAAUUUUAUUUGGCAUCGUAUGCUCGCUACUUGCCUUGGUAUUAAUUGCAUUCGGCACUUAUAUACUCUCCUCCUACAGAGUCAAUGAAGUUGGCGCUUUGGCAGCCUAUUCCUACAUUGGUUUAGGUGUUGCCACAAUAGUUGUAUUCUUACUGGGAUUCUUCGGUGCAGCACGCGAAAGUGUUUGCUGUACGAUUACGUUUAUCACUUUCCUGUGGAUUGUAAUGAUAGGCCAAAUUGCGGUUACUUUCUUGCUAGUUAGAGGUGAAUCAACGGCAGCAUCACAUCUCUCGAAUAAUUUAGAUGUGGCUUGGGAAGAAGAAUUGGACCAUCCCGGAGCGAUGUCUCUAUAUGAGAAUUGGCUCGGUUGUUGCGGUCGCGCCAGCCCACACGAUUAUAUUGUCAACGACCGUAUGCCACCGGCAACGUGCUUCAAGAAUGGCGACAAUACGAAAAGUGAAAAUCUGAUCUCCACCGGCUGCCGCAUCAUGUUUGAGAACUACUGGCUGAAUUUGUUGCGUGCCUUCAAUAUAAUCGCUUGUGUGAUGAUUGCGCUGGAGUUGUUGGGUAGCGUGAUCUCGUGUUGUCUGUGCAAUAGCAUACGCAAUGAUCACAGGCGCUCCUAUUAUUAAGCAGCUAAAUCGCAAACCAUUGCACACCGCUAAUCUUUUUGAUGUUUGUUACCGCUAUUAUUAAAAAUUAUAGUAAUAUUAUAAUAAUAACUACUGAAAUUGAAGUCAGCUUGGUUGGUAAUAUUUAUUUUACCGAUUUUUUUUUCGAAAAAUUUUACAGCCCAAAGUGAAAAUGGAAAAAUAUUUACGAAUUUUUUUUUGUACAGUACACAAAAAGAAAAUAUUCGAACAGUAGUUUGUAAGUUUAAGUUUUUUUAUAUAAUUUAUUUAUAUAAGUUGCAGUUAACUGGAAGUGCUAAAAUAUUUGAUUUUUUAAGUUUUUAAGUUGUUAUAUAUUUUACUCUCUAACUAACUGUGAAUAUGAAUUUGUCAAUUCGUUUUUAUCUUAAAAAAAAUAUAAUAAUAUAUACUAUAAAAUGCACAAAGCGAAAAAAGAAUGCAGCUGAAGUUUGUAGUUACUAUGUAAAUGUAAAAUUUGAUAUCGAAAAUUAAAAAAGAAUUUUCAAACGGCUAUGUAAGUAAAAAUCUAAAAAAAACUUAAAAAUAUGCUUUGAGCAUAAAAAUUUUGAAACAUGUUAAGUUGUAAGUAUAUGAAAAAAAUUAAUGCUAAUUUAUUUUAUUUUUACAAAUUUGCGCUUAAAUGUAUUGCUUUUGAGUUCAACUCACACCCAUAAUUGCAAAUAAAAUGUAUCAAUUUAUAAAAAAGUUGUUCAUAUUCGCUUAUUUGUACGGAGAAUUUCCAAAUUUAUUUGAAAUCAUUCAAAUUUAGUGCUAUUGGCAGUGCUAAAUAUAACAUGCUUAAGCGCACAGUGGGACAAAGUUGGUAAAAUUGGUUGAAUUGGUAAAUUAAAAUUUUUUAUUCGAUUAUUGUGUUUCGCACAGGGAAAAAUACAGAAAAUUAUUUAAUAAUAAAUAAAAUAAAAACACAAGAAUACAAGACAAAUAUUAAAAAACGUAUUAAAAUAAAUUGAAAAUAUACUAUUAUUAAUUUAAUAAAAUUAUUUAAAAAAACGUAUAAAUUACAAAAAAAAAAAUAAGUACGGUAAUUAAAACACUAAAAUAUAAAAAAUGUAUAAAAUACAAAAAAAAAAAAAAAAAAUACGGUAAUUUAAAACACUAAAAUAUAAAAGAGCGCAGUUUCAGUAUUUUCAGAAUGUAUAAAAAAUAUUUGUUAUUAUUCAUUUAAAUGUAUUACAGCUACUUUUAGGUUUUCUCUUUUAUAUAAUUUUUUUUUUUGUUAUUUUAUUCAAUAUUUGAAUUUAAUUUUAUGUUUAUUUAAAAAUAUGUUAUUUCUUUAAUAAGUAAAUGUUUACAUUAUUCAAAAAUACACAUUCUAAUUUAUUCAUUUUAGAAGAUAGCUCAUAGACAGUUUAUAUCCACAUAUAUUUUAGUUUUAAUGUUAUUUCAGUUAAAAGUAAAUACAAAUUUCUUUAAUAAAUAAAAAUAAAAUAUUUUAAAAUCAAUUUCUUUGUUUUUUAUAUUAAGAAAUAAAUAGAAAACAUUUUUAGUUUAUAAAAAAAAAAAAUUAAAUUGAAAAUUUUUAAAUAAUUUUUUUUUAUAAUAAUAUUGUUAUUUACUUACAAACAAUUUGUUUUUAUUUUUUUUCCAUGAAAAAAAAAAAAUUAUAUUGCAAAACUAAUUUGCACAUUUUUGAACCACUGUGCGACAGUAUGAACACUUGUGAAAUCAGCGAAAAUACAAUGUACGUUUUAUUUAUACAUAUAUAGGAGGUUAUAAAACAUAUAAAAAAAUUUUCUAAUUUAAUUCCAAACUAUUUUUUUUUUUGAAAAAUAAAUUUUGAAAAUAUUUGUGACGUUUAAGGAAACUCGAUUUUUAUAUGCCUAUAUGCCUAGUGUGUAAAUGUAUUUAGUGUCUCUUUAAGUGCCUCAGCUGGUUGCUACAUUUGCAUUAUACUUAAACAAAACUCAAAUUUUUAUAACUGUAAAACAAUGUGCAAAUGUAAAACUGUAAAAAAAAAAACAAAUCAUGUACGACACUAUGUAAAAUGAAUGCUAAAAACACAAAUAUGUGUAGCCAAAAACUGCUAUGAUAUUUAUAUAAUACAUAUGUAUGUUAAAUGUUUGUAUGAAUUUAUAUAUUUAUAUUAUAACUGAUUUUGCUAAAAACGUUUAUUGAAACUACCAAUGCAUUUAAAUGUACAGCUCCAGAAAUUGUUAACGGACAAAUAUUUAAAAAAACAUUUUAUUAAAUGAAUAUAAUACAUAUUAAAAAAAAAAAUGAAAUAAAUAAAACCAAUGAUAAGAUAUGAACUAAUUUGAGGUUACAAUAUAAUUAAAAAAGUAAAAUAAAUAAAUAAAAACUUAAAACUAAACCAACUUGUAAUUUCUAUUAUAUUUUAUUUUUAUAAAACAUUUUUUAAAGUCAUUUAAUAUCAGAAAAUAAAUUUACUACUUUAAUGUAAUAUAAUCACUGUCAAAGCCAAAAACAAGAAAAUAAAUAAAAUAAAACUAAAAAUAAAAAAUAAAAAUUAACAAGUAAGGAAGGGCUAAGUUCAGGUGUAACCGAACAUUUUAUACUCUCGCAAUUUAUUGAUGUAAUUUUAUAAAGAUAACACAAUUCGACCCAUAUAUUCCUUAUAAAGUUCAAUAGAAUAACGAAAAUCAUCAUAAAUAGUAUAUGGGGACUGAGGUAAUUCCUAAACCGAUUUCACUCGUUUUCACCACCGAGAUACAAUGUAUCGAAGACUAUACGCUCACUUAAUUUAAUAUUACUUCUAAUUAGGUAUAUUUUUUUACCAUUUCAGGUACAGAGAGAAACUGUUAUAAGAAAAAAUUCAGAGGGAAUGAAUUACAUUAAAAUAUCUGAGGGAUUUACCUAUAUUUUCGGUGAAAAAUUACUCUUAGGCACUGAGUUCUUCAUGUUCGAUAUCAGGGGCCUUGAAAAGUUAUGGUCCGAUUUUGACAAUUUUUCCACAAGUGAUGUCACAGCUCAAAUACAAAAUUUUAUUCCGCUGGCUUCAUUGGUUCCUUAUGAAUACACUAUAAAGUGAACGAAUCAGAUGGAAUUCAAAAUUGAGUUAUAUGAGAAGUAGACGUAGUUGUGAACCGAUUUCGCCCAUAUUCCACCCGUGUCAUCAGGGUGUCAAGAAAGUGUUAUAUACCGAAUUUCAUUGAAAUCGGUGGAAUAUUUCUUAAGAUAUGGUUUUUGACCCAUAAGUGGGCGACGCCACGCCCAUUUUCCAUUUUGUAAAAAAAUCUCAGUGCAGCUUCCUUCUGUCAUUUCUUAUGUAAAAUUUGGUGUUUCUGACGUUUUUCGUUAGGGAGUUAACCCAAUUUUAUUAAUUUUCAACCUAACCUUUGAAUGGGAGGUGGGCGUGGUUAUCAUCCGAUUUCUUUAAUUUUUGGACUGUAUAAGGAAAUGGCUAAAAGAAACGACUGCAGAAAGUUUGGUUUAUAUAGCUUUAUUGGUUUGCGAGUUAUAUACACAAAACCUAUUUGGGGGCGGGGUCACGCCCACUUUUCCAAAAAAAAUACAUCCAAAUUUCAUUUUCAUAACUUUAUUUAUGGCUUAGUUAUGACACUGUAUAGGUUUUCUGUUUCCACCAUUUUGUGGGCGUUGCAGUGGACCGAUUUUGCCCAUUUUCGAAAGCAACCUCCUCAGGGCGCCAAGGAACAUGUGUUCCAAGUUUCGACGGACAGACGGACAGACGGACGGACAGACAUUUUGCAAUAGAAAAUAGCAUUUUCAAAUCUACUCGUCAUCCUGAUCAUUUAUGUAUAUAUAACCCCAUAUCUAACUCUUAUAUUUCUUGGUGACACAAACAACCCUUAUGUGAACAAAACUAUUAUACUCUGUGCAACAGGUUGCGAGAGUAUAAAAAUAGCAGAAAAAUGGAUUUUAUACAUUAUUGCUACAAUUCUCAAUCAACAAAAGAACUUAGAAUGCCAAAUAUUGUUACAAACAAAAUCGCUAAAGUUAGUAACCAAUUAGACGAGGCUGAUACUCAAG